GCAGGGCGAAGAGGGGUGGUUUAGCCUGGCAGCGGCAGAAGUGGAGCGGCUCCGUUGCGCGCUGGUCGGUGAGAGAGAGAGAGAGAAGAGAGAGGCAGGAGCGGGCGGCUCGGGGAUGAACGGGGCGGCCCCGCCGAUCUUCGACUGCAAGGAGCGCGCCCUGCUGCUGGGCGAGAGCUUCGAGAGGCAGCCGCGCUGCGCCUUCCACACCGUGCGCUAUGAUUUCAAACCAGCCUCCAUUGAUACAUCUUGUGAAGGAGAUCUUGAAGUUGGUAAAGGCGAACAGGUGACAAUAACUCUGCCAAAUAUUGAGGGUUCUACUCCACCAGUAACAGUUUUCAAAGGUUCCAAGAAGCCAUACCAAAAAGAAUGCAUCUUGAUAAUUAACCAUGACACUGGAGAAUGUAGACUAGAGAAACUUAGUAGCAAUAUCACUGUGAAGAAAACCAGAGGUGAAGGAAGCAGUAAGGUCCAGUCUCGUAUUGGGCAACAGCAACAGCUAAUUCGAAAUGCAAAUAAGAUUCCAAAUAGUGUUAAAUGUUCUCCACCAAAAGAGAAGAUGUCUCCACCACCUUCUCCUAUGGAUGAUAUUGAAAGAGAGCUAAAAGCAGAAGCUAAAGUUAUAGAGCAGAUGAGUAGCUCUGAUAGCUCAUCUGAAUCUAAGAGUUCAUCCUCUUCAUCAAGCAGUGAAAAUAGUUCUAGUGAUUCAGAAGAUGAAGAGAGAAAGCCACCCCUUCCUCUGUCAAUGCCACACUUACAGCCUUCGAUGAUGACUGUCUCACAGCGAGCCUUCCCAGAUGUAGAUGCUGGAUAUCACAGAAGUCGAGAGGGCACUGGCCACUUGAUGAACACACUGCGGAAUGAUCUCCAGUUGAGUGAAUCUGGAAGUGACAGUGACGACUGAAGGUAGUUGACAUCAUUUCCCUGGAUGAAGAUGAAAAUGCAUUUGUUUUGCACUACGUAUGAACUGAUAAUAGACAGAGGAAUGUUACCAACUUUGAUAAUAAAGUUGACUUAAUUUUUCUGAUGUUGUGGUUCAAGUUCAUCAGCAUUCUUUUUGCCAUAACUUUAUAUGGCUCUUCCAAAUGUUUGGGUUUGGUACUUACUCUUUUUAGCUGAAUCCAGAGUUUAGCUUUUACUACCUCCUGUACUUAGAAGUUUCAGACAGUUAACUACUAUGUGUAAGUUAGACAUAGAGGAAGUUCUUGCUUAUACAUUUUGGAUUGAAGUUUCAUUUGAGAACCUGUGUCUGCAUGUGUAUGUACAAGUAAGAGAAAGCAAACAGUUGAAACCCAUUAUGUUUUUAUUUCUUACAGCUAAUGUUAUGAAAUAAAUUGCCAAACAGCCACAUGGCAAUAUCUAAUGUUUUGAACAAUACAGCAACACAUUUUGAAGUUCCUUGUGUUUCCCAGUUUGCAGUCUCUCACACUAGAGAUUCCCCCCUUUAUAAUAAACUUGGCUUAACUGAAAGCUUCAGCAUCUUGCUAGCUAAAUGUAGAAUGCUGUGCAACACAAAUGUGUUUCAUUAAAAUUCUGUUAAGAUCAAUGUAUUAGUUUGAUAGGAAUUCAAGAAAUAUUAAAAUAUUUAUCAUUUCA